CAGCCGCCGGAAGUUUUAUUUUCCCCUCCCUCUAGCAGGAGGAAUUUUUUUCUCUGAAAGAAAAGGCUCGGCUUCUGCGGAAGCGAGUGCCAGUCUUUUUUGUGUGAGUGUGUGCGUGGGGAGGGGGGGGGUUGCUUGUUCAACAUGGCUGCAAAGUCGGACGGCAUGGGUGGGACGGCGUCCGUCUCGUUGCAGAAUUUAGGUCAACGCCCAGCGGAGAGUGAGUGCGGGGAGAGGGGCUUGCUGUCCUCGCCUGCCGGGGCCCUGGCCCCCGCCGCCGCCUCGUCCUCCUCCUCCCAUUGUUGUGAGCCGGGCCCCGGCUGCUGCCACAGCUCCUGUGUCAACUCGGUACCUCGCCAGCGGGAAGAGUACUCCUUGGCGGACUGCUGCUGGAUCCUAGGCGCCUUGCUCGUCUUCUUCUCGGAUGGAGCGACAGAUGUGUGGCUGGCCGUGGACUAUUACUUCCAAGGCGACUACUGGUGGUUCGGGCUGACGCUCAUCUUCGUGGUGGUGCCGUCCCUGGUGGUGCAGGUGCUGAGUUUCAGGUGGUUUGUCUACGAUUACACCAACAGUGGUGGUGGGAGCUGCGCCCGAGCCCGGGCAGCAGCAGCGGCGGCAGGAGGAGGAACUGGCCGCGAUGAAGCAGCCGAUCAUUUCAGCACCAAGGAGAGCGACGCGGGGCAGCGCCGGACUACCUGCACCUCGACCUGCUGCCGCCUGUGCAUGUGGUUCCUGCAGUCUCUCGUCCACAUCCUGCAGCUUGGACAGGUCUGGAGGUAUCUCAGAGCUAUGUAUCUUGGAAUUCAAAGCCGUUGGCACAAAGAACAUGAGCGCCGACACUUCUACUGGAGAAUGAUGUUUGAGAGCGCUGACAUAAACAUGCUACGUCUGCUGGAGACCUUUCUUAAAAGUGCGCCACAGCUUGUCCUGCAGCUCAGUAUUAUGGUGCAAACAAACCACAUUGGCACCUUGCAAGGCCUGUCUGCAGCAGCAUCACUCCUGUCCCUUGCUUGGAUGAUUGCUUCCUACCAGAAGAUUCUCCGUGAGUCCAGAGAUGACAAAAUGCCUAUGUCUUACAAGGCUGCUAUCACACAGAUUCUUUGGCACCUCUUUACCAUUGCUGCUCGAGUAAUUGCAUUUUCCUUGUUUGCCUCCGUUUUCCAGUUAUAUUUUGGAAUUUUUAUUGUGAGUCACUGGUGCAUCAUGACCUUCUGGAUCAUUCAUGGGGAAACAGACUUCUGUAUGUCCAAGUGGGAGGAGAUCAUUUAUAACAUGGUUGUUGGAAUUAUCUACAUUUUUUGUUGGUUUAAUGUAAAGGAAGGGAGAACUCGGUGCCGGAUGCUCAUCUACUACUUCAUUACGUUUUGUGAAAAUGCUGCCUUGACUGUGCUGUGGUACUUGUACAGAGAUUCCCGUACAACAGACUUUGAAGCCUUAAUAAUAGUUUGUGUAGUGUUCAGUAGUUUUGCUCUUGGAAUAUUCUUCAUGUUUAUAUAUUAUGGUGCUUUGCACCCAAAUGGACCAAUGUUUGGGUCACAAGGAGGGUGCAUUGGUGGAGAACAAGACACUGCUACACACAUACCUGCGCAGGUUAUAACAGUUCCACCCCGAGCAAUGACCCAGUGUCGGACUACAGUUGGUGAGCAAGUGCCAGCUGAUCGAGACAGUUGCAUUCCUGUAUUCCAGGUAAGGCCCAGUGUGCCACCAACACCAGUGUCACGCACACUGCGAACAGAAGGGCCUGUUAUCAGGAUUGACUUACCCAGAAAACGGUAUCCUGCUUGGGAUGCGCACUUUAUUGACAGGAGGCUGCGCAAAACCAUCCUCGCCUUGGAAUACACCUCACCUGCCACUCCGCGUCUCCAGUACAGAAACCUUAGCUUCACACAUGAAGUACUGGAAUAUGAAACUACUGUGUAGUCGCAUACAAGCAGAGCUAGGUGCAUGAAAUAAGUUUACCCUUCCAAAAGGGUUCAAGCCAAUGUAGAAUAAUGGUGCACUGCAAGGGUCACCCAACCCUGACCAUGAUGCAUCAUAUUAGUGUGCAGAAGGCCUGUAUCCACAAAUGUGUCUUCAAAGGAGUUGUAAAAAGGUAUUGAUGCAACAUUCCAACUCUGAUUGAGUGGGAUGGUCAGGGUUUUUUUUUUGUUCUCGCCUUUUACAGUAAAUGGUCUUAUGGUUGUCAAAAAGAAGUGAAAAUGGGUGUGCUGAAGAUUACAUCACUCGAACAUGAAUGGCUGCACACCGGUAACUGAAUGUUAUCUUGGGCUUAAAUGUGGAAAUACCAAACUUCCGUUCGUUCUCUGAUUAUUUGCAAAAAAAGUAUCAUGGUUUGCAUGUUAUGGUUGAAGAAUCAUGUCCAAAUUUUACUGCAGCUUAUUCUCCUUAACUGAAAGUUGUUUCUUAAAACCUGUAAAAAAAACUAUUUGUCAAGCAGUGACCAAAUGUGAAAUUAAUAACAAUACAACUUUGAUACUAUGUGAAGUUUGACAGCAGGUAUUGUCUGAGCUUUCAAUAUCCGUGUACCCCAUAUGAAUAAUUUUGAUGUAAACAGAAUAGAACAUUGACUUUAGUUUGAAGGUGUGGCAGUUCUGACAAUGGAAGGAUGUUGUGCACUCUAUUGAAAGAACUAUUUUGUUCUGCAAAACGAAAUGUAGACCAUUACAGUAACUGGGUUGUGUGUUGUGAUAAACAUUGAAAUGUAAUUUCAAUGCAAAAAACAUGUAAAGCUGCAAUAUAGAAUAGUAAGGUAUCAUGACAUUUUCAAGCAUUUAGCAAAACAUUUGACACUCUUUUUAUUCCAAAUGUACAUAACACAUAUCUUGUGUCACUUUUAAUAUCUUAUUUAAAAUCAUGCAAAUACUGCAGAGCAAAUUCUCAGGAAAAAUAGCUUCAAAUCAUGUUUAAAAUAUAGUGAAUACUGACAUUUUUGUGUUGGAGGCCCUGAAUAAAUUUUAUUUUGCAAUACGUACAAAUUGUCAUGAGCUGUAUGCGGAAUAAUAUUUUGAUAGAUGUAUUCUGUUAAAAUGUCAGACUUACUUUCUAUAUUAUACUGCAGCUUUAAGCAAUGAAUGGGUGAGCAUACCUAUAAAGUUACAUUAAUCAAAAAAAUUAACCUGUCUUUUUGAGAAUACUUGUGUCUGAAGCAGAAAGUCCACUCCGGUAAUGGUUUGUCAACCUCCAAGUCUAACCUAUGCUGUUUAUAUGUCAGUUUUCCAAACUACUUGGUCCUUGCAUUCACAGAUGGGGCAAGGGCAAGACAGGCAGGGUCUUUGACUGCUGCAGCAUAUUGUGUUCUCUAAUAAGGUGUAUAUCUAUAUGAGAUGGUACAAUGAUUGGAAUCAGAAUACUGUGCCAAAUCAGAAGAGUGUUGCCUUUCACCUGUCUGCUGAGUAAUUGUGUGAAAUUAAAUAUUUCCAUGUUAUUGCUGAAGCAGACAUGAGGUACAUGUUCAGUCUGAUUGCAAGGCAGUGAAACAGGUGCUAAUUCAUAGCUGUAGUGUAUGAAGAUUGAAGAAUGAAUGCUUUUUAGGAAUAAACACAUUUUACCAAGGGCUUUUUGUUCCCUGUGGAGGUUUAAAUCAAGCACCAGUGCUGCCUGUAGUGUAGAUAUUCAGUGUCACUUAAUGUUGUCUAAAUAUGAAAAGUCUAAGGUCGUAAACUAUAGUGUAGUAAACUAUAGCUUGCAGUGAUAUACUGUAAUGAUUCAGGAAAGAAGCUUUUAAACUUAGUUUGACAAUAUUCAAGUUGUUCCAGAAUUAUAAGGACUCUAUUAGUAUGAAACAAACCUCAUUUUCUUCUUUCAUUCCAAUCCCUCUGAGUGCUUUACAACUUACAUUUACUUUGAAAGGAGUUUACCAAAAGAAUUAAAGAAUAAAACCACUUUACUAUUACCAUAUAUUACAUUUAUCACAAAUAAUUUCGGGAACUCUACCUGUGUAGAAAUAUGCAACUUUGCAGUGAAGAAAAUGACACUUCAGCUUAGUAAUUAAAUCCAUUCAUGUCCUUAGAAUUUGCCUCUCAGGAGCAUAUUAAAAACCGACAUGUAAUUCUAUAUUUAAGCUGUGGUACUAACAUAAAAGUUAAAUAGCAGCACUGAUUCAUGUGAAAUUAGAUGUGGCAUAGAUAUAAGGUAGGUUAUAAACUACACAGUUUUAUCUCUGCAGAGAGCCAACAGGAUGCAACAGGGCCAAUGAAGUAACUCUGGUGCUUACCUUUGAGAUUUGCGCAAUUAGUUCACAAAAAAAUCUUUGAAAUGGAAUAGAACAAACCUGCAAUAUGUUAUUAAUGAACACUUUCUAAUUGCAUACAAGAUAAUCAUGCUUAUCAAUGGUAGGAAAAGUAAAAUCUUGUCACUCUUAAUAGUAGAAUGGUAUUUUGAUAAUUAGAAAAACUUGAAACUCCAUAAUGUAAAAGACAUCAAUAGGCAUAUUGGUAUACUGAUUAAAAAUAAAACACCAAAAUGACAAGAAAAACACUUCUGAAAUUUAGUCACAAAGAGAAACCACUGGAAUAGGUGAAAUACAUGUGAAGUUUACUGAAGUAUUUACAAUUAAGCAUUUUUUUUGUAAACACGUAUGGACAAAAUCAUGGGUAUAUGUUAAAGAUACUGAUAGUUAAAACAUAUUUUUGAUCCAUGUUUCCUUGUAACUAUUAUGAAUGAGAUUAUGAUUUGUGGGGCACCGAUAAUAAAGAUAGCUAUUGCCACAAUUGCUAUAUCUUAAAAUGUUUGUAUAAUUAUAUCCCUAAUUUGAAGCCUUACUUUUAUGCACCUCCAUGGACCAGACUGUUGUUUAUUGCCUGAUGCAAAAAUUAGUGAGAUGAUGUUAAACAGUGCCUACUUAGGGUCCUCAUACAGUCUCAUUAAUAAGGGCACUGUCCAGUGUAGUACUAAGCAAAGCAGAGCCUAAGAUCCCAUUUGUAAUUGGUGGUUUGUUUUUGUUUUCAGGGGCCUCAUCUGAGGUGGACGUAGGAGGGCUACAAUUAGCUUUAGUAACAUCAUACUAGGGAAUAGGGAAAAAACACCUAAAGUUGUCACUCAGUUAACUAUCAAUGACUUACGCUGAAAAAUGCAUUUCUUUUGAUGCCAGCUAAAGACAAGAUUUGACACAUUAUGUUGUCCCCAUUAACCAAGUAACUAACUAAUCAAGCCACUAUCCUGAUUCAUACUUGCAGUAUGCAGCAAGUUGUAUUCACAGAGGGUGUGUGGAUGCCUGCGGAAGCACAACCCAGCAAGAUUUGGGGAGAACACCUGGGCAAGGAGAAUAACUAUGUUUGGACACGCAUGAGAAUGGGAUUAAUAUUUUAGGUAGAACUGGCUAAUUGAUAAUGAGUGCAAGCGUCAGUUUACACAGUUAGUGGCUUUUAUUUUCAAUGUUACUAACUAGGUAUAUUAUUCCAAUUACUGUAUGUGAAGACUACAACAAGGCACUAUAAUUGAGGCACCCAAUACUCAUUCUAUUGCAAGUGCUCACAUAAAUUUAGUCUUUAUACAGAGCUAAAAUAAUAUACAUAAGGAGCAGUGAAUCCAACUGGAAAUUGUGACUAGUUAAUGACACCAAACUACGAAGUGAACAAAGAGGCAUUAAACAGCUGUAUGUUAGAGUUUGAUGGGAGAUUUACUAAUCACAGUGAAACUUCUAUAGAUGAAACCGAUAGAAUAUUGCAUUGUUCAAACAGCAUGUUGAACAAUUGUAUCUGUAUCAUAAAAUGCAUCUUUAUUUGGGGAUUAGACAUGCAAUUAUUAAGAAUCUAUUAUGGGCAUUAUAUUUUGUUCACAACUUGGAAAGCCAUUAUAAAGGGGCUAAUAAUAGAACCCAGGUUUGAUGUCUUCUGCUAAUAAAUGAAGCUGACUUCAGUAAGGGGACAAAUUAUACACCAUUUCCAAAGAAAAUCUGUGUGGUGGUUAUAGUAUAUUUGUAACUGCAUGAAUGAAAAAAUCAUUGAGAUUUAUCAAAAUUCUUUUGACUGUACUGCAAUAUCAUUGCUUUAUUACAUUAUUAUUUAAGAAAAUUUUAAGUUUGAUCAAUGACAUAAGCUUCAGAUAUAAUGAGAUUAACAAAGACUGCGUUGAAAAAUACAAUGAUUAUUUACAGAAUUAUUUACAAUUCUAACUAUACAAAGUGUGCCAUUUGAAUACUCAUAUUUUGUUCCAUGAUGUGAUCGGUUGUUUUUAUUUUUAGUGGAAUAUCUACCUCAGAUGUUUGUUAUAAAAUUUUCCCUUAUUUCUGUUGUCCCCCAAUCAAAAGAGAAUUAAUAGUUAUUUUAUCAUAAUGUAGCGAAGCAGAGUAUAUCCAUUUUUCUUUGUGCUAUUUGUUGAGAAACUAAUUCCAUGUUAUAUUUACCUAACCAUGUAAAAGAAUAUUUCACUUUGGGAAAGAUGAAAUACAUGUGCCCAUGCUGUGACUCAUCUUUUGACAUUGCUAUAGCCUACCUUCUCACCUCAGCAAUGGCUCUCUGUGCACUUUGAUUGUUCCAUUCAUAAUUUUGCAUCUUCUUUGCUGCCUGUAACUAAAGAAAAAGCAAUUUUUUAAAAUUACUGACUCUAUCUUAUGUUGUUACAUGCUUUGUCAUCACAAACAAUGAAACUUAACUUUAACAACAAAAAUGCAGAGCAUAUCUAUAGAAAAACUGCACCAAUUUUGCCUAUUUCGUUCUGAGAGAGCAAAAGAUUUUUGUGAACAUCAGUGAAAAUGGAAAUUUUAUUAGUAUGGUGCAGUUUGUAAGAUCCUAAAUAAGUUAAACAUGUUUGAGGAAGAUAAUCCAGCCCAUAUUAAUUUAUGUACACAGAAGAACCAUACAGUUUUUCAACACAACCUUUCCCCUACUUUGAGCGUACCAUUGUUUUACUAAUGCAGUCAGAAUUUUCAGCAAAGUUCCUCAGUUCUGAGGAAGGGUCACCGUACCAAAAACAUUAAUUCUGUUUUUUCCUUCAUACGUGCUGCCAGACCUGCUGAGCUUUUCCAGCAACUUUGUUUUUGUUCCUCAGUUUUCAGCAACCCCACCCUAUUUAAAGUAGUGAUUGCUGUCUGUGAGAAGAACAGCCUCUAAUCAGUCAUAAAGAUUUUAUUUUAGUUUGAAUCUCUCAUUACCAAAAGAUGUGUGAAACUCUCCCUUUUUUUUGUUUCUGGAAAUGGCAAAUUGUUCCAAUUUCUUCAAUAGCUGAGAUAAGAGUGGCUGCUAGUCAUACAGAAAACAUUAUGGACAUUAUUUUGUGGCAUAGCAUGUUUCCGACCAAAAGAUGUCUGAGCAUGAAGUAUUUUUAAAAAAAAUUCUGACAAUAUUAUUAUUUUAAUUCAGUAAUCAGUCUCUAAACUUAUACUUGCUUAAAUAAUUCAAGUAUGGGGGAAAAUUAAUCAAUUUUUAUUUCUUUUUCAAUGGGCCCUGAAUAUAUAAAGCUCUAAAUGAACUGAUGGCGUAAUGAGAUCAAAAUACCAAAUACGAGUGAAUGAACACUCGUAAUUUGAAGUAUAUUUAAUUCUUAAUAUUUAAUAAGAGUUUCAUAGUUAAGCAUCAUACCCUUAAAUAGUACAUUCACAGCACAUGGUACAAAUGCAUAGGCUUUAAAUUCACUCCUUUUGUGUUCUCUUUGAAUUCCAUUUUUUAAAAGUCUCCUAAAAUGAUAAGACUCAUGGGCACACACCAAAUAAAUUCAGAAGUCUUUAACUGACUUCUGUUAAAGUAAUGGUGACCAAGAGUGAUUUUUAAAUACAUUAGUUGAAGUUCAAUUUUAGUCAUGUUGUACUCCAACACCUGGAUUUGCCACAGUGGUGAUGAGUGGAGAGGAUGUUAGUAAUAGUGAUGACAGGAUAUAGAAGUACUCAAUUCAGCACGCUGCUGGCUUUUCAUAACCUGCUUUGUUCCUCCUUGCUUGUUCUUUAGCACCCGCAAUGCCAUGACAUUGAAUCUCUGAGACAAUGGCAGAGAAUAAGGAAUGUUUGCAGAAGGGUGAAGCAGUACAGCUCCAAUAAAAGGAGAACAUUCAUGACUAAAAUUUGGCGGCAUUUUAACUUCGGUAGAUGUCUAUAUUGUUCAAUGCUAUUUAUUUUCUGUUUAUUUUGCUUUGUGAUUAAUGAAGUUGCCAUCUAAAGUGGUGUUUAUUCCCACUUCAACCUUGAGUUUUGGUAAUAGUAACCUUGUUAAUCAUAGCUAAUUUAUUUGUAAUUAAGAUAUCUAGUGGGUCUACAUUAUAGCCCCAUUAAUGUUAGGAAAGUUAUCAAUGAAUGAAAAAAAAAGAUGAAAAUCUUUCAAGGUACAGCAUACUGAAUAUUGAUAACCUAUGACAACACAGGUUACUAAUGUAUUAUAUCACCCUUUUCCAAAAUGUUGAGUACAUUCUGUCUUUGGCUUCACUAAUCAUCAUAUAUUGUCUUAUGAUAAUUUUCCAAUAAACUUUUAAGCAUUCAUUAAAAAAUUAAUUUUUAUCACCCUUAGUAGAAUAAUUUUAUACUAUAUGUUCUGGAUUUUAAUACAAGUUAUGACUUAGACUAUGCAAUUCUUUUUAUUCCAGAAGAAGUUUUUAGAAAUAGACAACCUCUAAGAUGUGAACAAACAUCAAAACUUUUAUAAUCUUACAUUUCUGAAAAUGAAUAUAGUUAAAUUUUACUAAGUUUAUCAUAUCAAACAUCUCUUUUACAGAUUGUAGUCUUUCCACUAUCAGUAAACCUAUAUUAAAACUUUGCCAUGGAAUGUCGUAUUGGCAUUGAGGUAAUAUAAUUCCUUUCCUGCGACCACCUAAUUUUUGAUACUAAUUAGCAUGUAACUAUUUUCGUGAAAAUGCAAGCAAUUAAGAUGGACUCUGGACAUGAUACACAUUUCAUGCAGUUUGAUUGUAUUGAUGCUAACUUACGACGUAACACUUCCUUUAGAUUCCAUAAAGCAUCGUUCUAUUCUGUCUAACCGUAUAUCUAUUUUAUGUGGAUGUGUUUUUGCUUGGGGUAUGCAGUGAUUAAUUCUGGUAUAGUUUGCAGUGCAUUGUGUGAACGUUCUCCCAUUUUACUGUAUAAAUGCCUCCAAUUUGCAACUUCAGCAAUUAUCCAGCAAAGCGGUGUGUUGGCACCUCACAAUGCACUUUAUAAUUUGCAGACACUGCUUUCAUUGAAGUGACAUGUAAAAAUCUUUACAUUCUACAGAUUCUAAAUCAUUCAUUAAUCACAUUAAUAACGCAUGAUGCCACCAAUGGGUGGGUGAUAUAAUAUAUUGGAAUCAAAUAUUGCCAUCUUUCUUAUUACAGUAUCAGUACUGCCGUAUUCGAUAUAUGAUAUUUACAUGGAUACCAAAUGCCUUUUCCUUCAAUGAGUAGAAAAUAUUACAUUAUUUCUUAAGAACCUUUUAAGCUGUAUGUGCUUUUUAUCUUAGUACCAUAGAAAAUUCACUUGCUCUGUGAAAACAGUGAACAUUCAUCCCAUCCACAUAUAUAUAAAUAAUUAGCAGUACUGGUUUUAUCCAUUCUGCUUCCUACAUGUACUGUAUAUGAAAGGCUGUAUGUAUAAUUGAGGAUGUAAUCAAUAUCUUUUUUGGGUGUUGGCAGCUCAAUUGGCUGCUACAUUACAACAGCUAGUGAUGAUUGUGUAUACUGCUUUAUUUAGUGGAAAUAAGCUGUGAGGUAAAAUGUCUCAUUUUUGUGUUCCUGUAAUCAGUUUUGUACUAUGUGGCUCAAUGUUGUUUAGCACACAUGACUGACUGCUUGUUCACCUAAAUGAUUUGAAACUGUGCAUUCAACAGAUAGUUUAGCUGAAAAAUGAUGGUUGAAUCAUUACAAUGUUGCUUGGUUUCAAAUGUCAUGUGUGCUAAAACAAAGGUUAUUAUAUGACAGCUGCUGAGUUUUUAAUCAACUUUCUACCACUCCUACUGUUUUCUCAGCUGACAGAUAAUAGCUUUUUUAAUAAUUAAAAAGAGGAUGGAAUGAAAUGUUUCAUGAUGUACAUAGUUAUAUGGUGCCACCUUGUAAUUUUUUUUCUUUCUGAAUAAUUCAGAAAAGUAAUUGGGCCUGAAACUUUGUAUAUCACAAUCUUUUGUACAUUUUUAUUUUGCUG